CCGCCGUCGCUGCCGCCGCGCUCGCUGGCUGGCCCGGUGCGGGCGCCGGGCUCCUGCCACAGGCGAGAACCACCGGCGCCACCACCACCACUUCGGCCCGGGCCCGGGCACCGGCCCCGCCCCGGGCCCCGGCCUGAGCCCCCCGCCCGGCCGGGCGAUGAAGUGUCACUACGAGGCGCUGGGGGUGCGGCGCGACGCCAGCGAGGAGGAGCUCAAGAAGGCCUAUCGGAAGCUGGCCCUGAAAUGGCACCCGGAUAAAAAUCUGGAUAAUGCCGCAGAAGCAGCUGAGCAAUUUAAACUAAUCCAAGCAGCGUAUGACGUGUUGAGCGACCCUCAGGAAAGAGCAUGGUAUGAUAAUCAUAGAGAGGCUCUGCUUAAAGGUGGGCUUGAUGGAGAGUAUCAAGAUGACAGCUUAGAUUUGCUUCACUAUUUCACUGUGACCUGUUACUCUGGUUAUGGAGAUGAUGAAAAGGGCUUUUAUACAGUGUAUCGUAAUGUUUUUGAAAUGAUUGCCAAGGAAGAACUAGAAUCUUCUUUAGAAGAGGAUGUUGAGGAUUUCCCAACUUUUGGAGACUCCCAGAGUGACUAUGAUACGGUAGUCCAUCCUUUCUACGCUUAUUGGCAGAGCUUCUGCACUCAGAAGAACUUUGCUUGGAAAGAGGAAUAUGAUACACGACAGGCUUCAAACCGCUGGGAGAAACGAGCCAUGGAAAAAGAGAACAAAAAGAUUCGAGACAAAGCAAGGAAAGAGAAGAAUGAGCUUGUCCGUCAGCUGGUAGCUUUCAUCCGUAAAAGAGAUAGAAGAGUGCAGGCUCAUCGAAAACUUGUGGAAGAACAGAACGCAGAGAAGGCGAGGAAAGCCGAAGCAAUGAGGCGGCAGCAGAAGCUAAAGCAGGCCAAACUGGCAGAGCAGUACCAAGAGCAGAGCUGGAUGACGGUGGCCGAUUUGGAGAAGGAGCUCAGGGAGAUGGAGGCACAGUAUGAAAAGGAGUUUGGAGACGGAUCAGGUGAAGAUGAAGCGGAAGAGCAGGAACUCCAAGACGGACAGGAUGGUAAAGAUAGUGAUGAGGCUGAGGAUGCAGAACUUUAUGAUGGCCUUUACUGCCCAGCAUGUGACAAAUCUUUCAAGACGGAAAAGGCCAUGAGGAAUCAUGAAAAAUCAAAGAAGCAUCGGGAAAUGGUUGCCUUGUUAAAACAACAGUUGGAGGAGGAGGAAGCAAAUUUUUCAGGACCUCAAACUGAUGAAAACAGUCUGAAUGCCAAUUCUGAGGAAGAAAUGGAGGAUGCACCAAAACAAAAGCUUUCUAAAAAACAGAAGAAAAAGAAACAGAAACCAGCACAGAAUUAUGAUGAUAAUUUCAAUGAAAAUGGAACUGGAGAAGGAGUAAAGGUUGAUCCAGAAGACAACAGCCUAAAUCAAGACAGUGCCAAAGAAUUGGAAGAUAGUCCCCAAGAAAAUGUCGGCGUUAGAGAGACUGUGGAACUGUGUGAUGACCCCAAAAGUGAAGCUAAAAGCGUUUCUAAACCCAAAGGAAAGAAAACCAAAGAUACUAAAAAAUCUGUCAGAGUACCUGCUGAACCACAGACAGUGAGUGAUGUUCUUAUCAGCUGUACAACCUGCCAUAGUGAAUUUCCAUCCCGGAAUAAACUUUUUGACCAUCUAAAGGCCACAGGUCAUGCAAGAGCACCUUCAUCAUCAUCUUUAAACAGUGUAACAAAUAGUCGAAGCAAAAAAGAGAAACGUAAAAACAGAUAGAAAUCCUGCCAAUGCUUUUUCUUUUUGAUUGUCUCUAGAUUUUGACACCAAAAACUGAACUGAAAUCAUCUAAAAUUUCAGUCAUCUGCCAUUUAUUGCAUUGUGGAAGAUUAUUUUUAUCUUGUAAAAACAUUGUUUUGUUUAAUAUAUAUUUUUUAAACAUUUCAUUAGUGAUUGAAUUCUACUUUUGCCAUCUGAAUUGACUUGAAUGUCUCAAAACAGGUGAAAUGCCAGCCAGUUUUCUGCCUUUGGUCUUUUCCUCCCAGGCUUCAUCUGAACACUCACCACCUUCCUCUAAUUUGAACUAGAUUGGCAAAAGGCAAAAAGUCUCACAAGAUCAAGUGUUGGUGAGAAUGGAGAAAUGGGAACAAUUGCUUCAAUUUGAUGGUGGCUAUGAAAGUUGAAGACGUACCCCCUGACCUGACAACUCCAGGGGUAUACCUAGAGUCUCACAGUGUCUGCAGAGGCACAGCAUGGGCUCUACCUGAGGACUGUCACCCAGGUCCCACUCCGGACCUGCUGAAUGAGAAUUUGCAAUUAACAAGACUUCUCAGGUGACUCACAUGCUUCUUGCAUCUUGAGAAGCGGUACUCUCAGGAACCCACGCGCAUGUGCACAAGGAGACUUAGUGGCUGAUCAUAGCUGAAUUGCUUGUAUCUGGGAAAAGUUGACGAUGGACCCUAAAUCUCCGUGAACAAGAAAGUGGAUAAAUUGUAUAACGGACAGUAAGAUGGCAAACGGGCAGUUCAAAUGAGUGAACUGGAUAUGUAAUACCAGUGGCUAGCCUUAAAAAAAUAUUGAAUGAAAACAAGCUGUCAGAAGGUGACAUGUAUGCCACAUAUAUAGUUUUUUAAAGUACUGUUGUUAUUUAUAGAGAGAAAAUAUAGAACCAUCAAUGGGAAACACAUCAUUCAGAAAAGUAGUUGCCUCUGUAAAGGGAGGGAGAGGGGUGGAAUGGGGGCGUGGCAGCAAAGGGGCCUUAUCUGAGCCAAGACUUCUAUUUAAGAUCUGAAGGAAGAUGUUAGCAUUGAUUAAUUCUGGGUGGUGGGUAAUGAGGGUUUAUUACUCUACUAACAUGUUUUCAUGAAAUACUUCAAAUAUCCAGAGAAAUACAAAUUAAUGUUCCAUUUUUUGUUAAUAGAAAAUACACUUGCAUGAAAGGGGAGAUAAAGGCUUUCAGGUCUACAUUUUAUUCCUAGCAUAUUCCAUAAGCUCACUGUGGCAGAGGCUAUUACUUGUCUCUCUCAAUCUUCAUUCUCUCCUUCUUCCUUAUAAUUCUGAUUUUUAAUUGGGCACAAAGCCACCUAAAAUAUUACCUUCCUAGCCUCCCUUGCAGCUAGGAGUCUGUAAGUUCUGGCCAGUGAUCUGAGCAACUCUGGGGACAUGUCCUUAAAGAUGUGGGAUGUCCUUAUUCCUUCCUCCGCCAGCUUCAAUGAACAGGUAAUGGUUGGCGCUCUACCCCUGUCUGGGAUCAUGAUUCCUCACAGGGCAGAGAAAGUGAAGCCCAGGAGCUUCCAUCCUUGACACUCAGAGGGACCCUAUAAGCCCCAGACAACCUUCUGCAUUCGAGAGAAAUAAAACUCCUGCAUUACUGAA